GGAAAGCAGAGAGUGAGCUGUAUCUUUGCAAGCAUUUUACAUCAGCAUCAUUUCAGAAAAAUUCACCACCGCCACAGCUGAACUCACCGAGGGAGGAAGAUGCACGAGGAAGACCGAGGCAUGGGAAGAGAAACAGACAGAGGGAAGUACCUCAACAGCAUUCAUGAGGUACAGUGAAUGAUGUCCACUGUGUGCCUCAGCAACGGGAGCUACACCAGGUUUUAUCCUUGGAGACCAAAAAAGCAGGCAGCUGCAUCAGGAAAUACUCAGUUUUAGGGUGGGCUGUGACUGAUAGCAGACAAGAAGUCUUUCUAAAAGGAUAAGAAUUAUAAAUUCGACACCCCCUGAUGCAGCUUUUGCCCUGAUUUAAAGCCGUUGUUUUCUGGCCGUACUUCCUGGCUUUGAAGGAUGGGUGAUGGGCCUGUGACUGAUCUUGCCUGCCUGCCUCAUCCCAUCCUUCAAUGGAGCCGAUGUGGAACACCUCCCACCCACCUCCACAGCUCAUGUCCAACAUGUCUGCCUCCUCUCUGCCUGAGGGCUGGGCUCUGUCUCAGACCCUAGCCCUACUGGCCAUGCUGCUCAUGGAUCUGCUGGCUGUGUUGGGUAACGUGGCCGUCAUGGCGGUGAUUGCCAAGGCCCCACAGCUCCACAAGUUUGCCUUUGUCUUCCACCUGUGUGUGGUGGACCUGCUGGCGGCCCUGGUGCUGAUGCCCCUCGGCAUGCUCUCGAGUCGAGCCUUCUUUGGGGAAGCCCUGUGUCGGAGUUACCUCUUUCUCAGCGUGUGCCUGGUUAGUGCUGCCAUCCUCUCCAUCUCUGUCAUCAACGUUGAGCGUUACUACUACAUCAUACACCCUAUGCGCUACGAGGUAAAGAUGACUGUUGGUCUUGUAGCGUCAGUACUGGUGGGGAUUUGGGUAAAAGCUCUGGCCAUGUCUGCUCUGCCACUGCUCGCUUGGUUCCUGCAAGGUGGGAGAACUCCUCUUCUGGAGGGAAGUGGGGUUGGGGGAAUAAGCGGUGGGGCAGUCGCACCUCCAGCUGCUCAGGGUCAUAGGCGCUGCUCUCUGCAUUGGACAGGGGGAGCGUCAAACCGCAUGGCCUUCAUGGUCCUGUUCACACUGGUCUAUUUCCUUUGUCCUCUAAUGCUCAUUCUUGUGGUGUACUGCAAUAUGUUCAAAGUGGCUCGGGUUGCAGCAAUGCACCACGGCCCUCUGCCCACAUGGAUGGAUACACCUCGUCGCCAGAGGUCGGAAUCACUCAGCAGCCGUUCAACGAUGGUAACCAGCUCUGGGACCGGGACCGGGACGGGAAGAGGGACCCCUCAGCGACCCUUUGGGGGAGGAAAGGCUGCAGCAGUGCUAGCAGCAGUGGGUGGGCAAUUCCUUUGCUGCUGGCUGCCCUACUUUACUUUCCACCUGUAUUCAGCACUGGCUGCCAGCCCUCCAGCCACACUGGCCUCUCUUGAGGAGGUGGUCACAUGGAUCGGCUACUUCUGCUUCACCUCCAAUCCUUUCUUUUAUGGCUGUCUCAACAGGCAGAUAAGGGAGGAGCUGGGCAAGCAUCUUCCUUGUCUAUUUCGUCGAGCAGGAGCCGAGAUGGAGGAAAGACUUCCCAGUCGUGAAGGAUCCAUAGAGGAAAACUUCCUACAGUUUCUUCAAGGCACUGGUUGCAACUUGGACCCUCAAAACUCUCACAGCACCUCCAGUCCAAAAGGUGAGGCUGGCUGUCCUGUGGCUCAGCCCCAACCACCAGAGCCGACACAGCCCAUACCCAUUGAUUUCCGAAUUCCUGGGCAAAUUGCAGAGGAGACUUCAGAGUUUAUUGAAAAUGAACAGGCGAAAAACAACCAUAUAUGUACAGACAAUUAAGUUUGAAUUCCUUUAUUUCCUGAUUAUAAGCCUACUUUUGAUAAUUCAGACAUGUGCAGUUUCAGGAUAUAUUCCAGUGAAAACAAGAUGAUCUAUCUCUACUGAUGGCUGUCCACUUCAUGUCAAUGAGUUUAAAUUGUACCUUUGAAUCAUUGCACUUUAACUCACCAGAUUUUGUCCUUGAACAGUUAUGUUGACACAAUUUGAUGCAGUUGAUUGCUCUGAUCUGUACAGUGAAGGAAACAGUAAAAUAACACUGAUGUAAGAA